AUGUCCCAAGUAACUCAAUACCGCUAUGCCGACGAAUCUUCAUCAGCUGACGAAGCUUUGUUGUCCGAUGAGGGGGUCGGGUCCACGCAUGGCGUCAUUCAAGGGUUGAUCUCUAAUCCCGUUCAACGUCAAGCCGCAACUCAACCAAGAUUGUGCCAUUCUAAACAUGAAGAGGUCAAGAAUGUGCAGCUUGAAAACCAGGCGCUGAAAGAACAACUCUGCAUCAUGGAGGAGCAAAACAAAGUACUAUCAGCCAAUAAGGGUCGUCGCAAGCAGGACACUGCUGUUUCGGAAGAUAUUGUAGGAUUCGAAGGGGAACUCAAGGUUUGCGCGAAACACUACGGUCUUAUGGUCAACAUGUUCCCACCACCAGCGGCCCUGCUCAAAACAACACUUCCCAACCCUCUACCGCCAUUCAAUACAGCUGCGCGGUAUGCUACUACGGGUUUGCAGGAGCUCGCAUGUCUGGCGGAAUUGUACGACACGCUUCCUCAGCACCUGCACCACCUGGUGCCAAUGAAUCGGUUUUCGAACGUGUUUUCUAAGGCAGUAUGUGCUGGUCAUGCCUCCGAGCUUAACAAGCUCAGGAGUGCUGCAGGUCAGAUUUUCGAACUACCCCAGCAUUACUUCGCAAUCUUAUAUGCUCGUGAUGCAGAACCCAAUAUUCACCGACUACUCGGCAUCACAGGAAAGGCUGGCGAGUUGUAUCCCCUUUUGCCACCACUACUGUUUCCUGGGAACAUUGCCGACCGCACUCGUAAAAUGCUGUUCGGUAAUUGGCAACCUAUUGCUAAGGGCGGUGCUCUGCCCAAUGCAGUCAAGUGGGGUGUUACAGCAGUGACACCUGGGGCUGUGGCUUGGGCGAUUGUCGCAAACAUCUUUUUAUUAUCCCCUGACCAGGAGUUUCCCCAAGAAGGCAAAGGGAAGACCUCGCGAAUCAACUAUGGCAUGCUCUACGCAUUCUUGAAAGAACUUCUGCUCUGCGACUGGGAGAAGCCUCGCCUAAAGGGGAUCAUCAAACACAUCAAUACAUUCGUUUUCGAGCGAACUUCUCGCCACUCCACUCACAAUACCAAGGAUUCGGCUGACGAUCUUCAAGAAGAGAUGCGUCUCGCUCGACUUGGAUUAGCAGCAGAAGUAGAAGAGAAUCUAUCUGACGACGAAGAUGUCCAUGAUGCUAAUAUUGACAUUCUCGCUAAGAAUACAGGCGCCAUAACCAUACACGAAUCGGACGAGGUUCCUGGACCUCCUGGACCUACUCUUUCAUUGACUAAUGAUACUGUGACAUCAACACACACUGUAGCAAGUCACUGUUCUUCAAUCAGCAAGCUUCAAGUCCAUGAUGGACCAGUUGAUUCUGAGGAAAUAGAGGUAGUAAUCAAAGAGAGUAACAGCCAGGCCGUUGAGAUGAUGAAAUCCAAGUCCAGUAGGGCCAAAAAGUCGAGGGUGCCAGUAUCGGAAGGGGAUGACGGCACCUCCCGACGGUGCGGCCGUUCAAAGAAUGUCAAAUAG